AUGUCGGAGCUGACUCAUGAUCUCAUGCUCCACCAUCUUCAAUCCAUAGAUGGACACCAAAUUAUACUCUUCACUACCUCCACAGCGAAUGCAGAAUUAGUACAGUUUCUUUCGGAUGACUUCAAUUUCGAGAUUUGUAUGAGGAAACUCUCACUCAAAGAUCAGCUUAAAGUGAGAAACUCUCAACAUAACAGAAUCAAGGAAUUGGGUCUGCGGCUCUUUUCCAAAUACGUGCUAAAUUACAUAGUAUAUAUCCAAGGUGGAAGCCCAAGUUUCGAUCCGUGGGCAGAGCUACCCAUGGAAUACAACAAGUACGGGAAGCCGCAGCUAAAGAACCAGAACAUUCUAAAUUUCCAGUACAACUCAAGCAGUUCCAACGAUAUUAUCUCCAUAGUUGUGCUGAUAAAUUCAUCAAGUUCUGUCGGCAUAGACCUUUCUCAUGAGACUCAGGAUUCCAUUUCUGCUACUGACUUCAUGGACCAAUUCCAAGGGAUCUUUACUUCCCAUGAACAAAACCAAUUGAUGGAAAUUGACAACAUAGAGGAAAGAUAUGUCGCUUUCAACCAUUUCUGGACUCUCAAGGAAGCUUUCACGAAGUUCAUUGGGUGUGGUUUGAACGUGGACCUUGCAAAGAUCAGUUUCCAUCUCACAGACGAGAAGUUGGAGUUAAGAGGUUCUAUUCCGUCAGAAAAAGGAUUGGUAACUGGUUACAAUGUUAAAUGGCUCGAGGGCAUAGAAGUGGAGUAUUCUGAGCUUGCUAACGAAUUCAGAACGAACUUCAACCAUCAUCAUUACAAGGUGUAUUGCUCGUCAGCAGUUCUACGUGCUGAAGACAAGCUUCCUGUGAUCGUGACGGUGAUAAGCCCUCAUGACAACAUCAAAAAGAGCAAGAACUUCCAUUUUGAUAUGGGCAGACUUGUAGAAGGACUUGUGGAUACAGAUUUGGUCAAUGGGACAAGAUGA